UUUAAAGCGAUAGACGCUGUUGGAGUCCUACAAGACGGUCCUCGAUACCCUCCCCACAAGUCUUGGGACCAUUUGGGUCCUCAGAUCUGGGGAGAUGGUUUGCGGCGGAUUUGCUUGUUCCAAGAAUGCGCUAUGCGCUCUCAACGUGGUUUAUAUGCUUGUGGGCUUACUGCUCAUUGGUGUAGCUGCCUGGGGCAAGGGCCUCGGUGUGGUGUCUAGCAUUCACAUCAUUGGAGGAGUCAUUGCUGUGGGAGUCUUCCUUCUCCUCAUCGCGGUGGCAGGACUGGUGGGCGCCGCGAACCACCACCAAGUGCUGCUCUUCUUUUAUAUGAUUAUCCUAGGUUUGGUCUUCAUCUUCCAGUUUGGGAUCUCUUGCUCAUGUCUGGCUAUUAACAGGAACAAACAGGCAGAUGUCAUCAAUGCUUCGUGGUGGGUCUUGAGCAACAGUACCCGGCAUGAACUGGAGAGAAGUUUUGACUGCUGUGGCUUGUUCAACCUUACAACCCCGCACCUACAAGAUACUUCCUGUAGUGCGAUGUGCAAAACUAAGAGUUCUACGUGCCAGAUGUGUGGGGAGAUGUUCCUUAAACAUUCAGACAAAGCCCUCAAGAUCCUAGGAGGUGUCGGGCUCUUCUUUAGUUUCACAGAGAUCCUUGGUGUCUGGCUAGCAAUGAGAUUCCGGAAUCAAAAGGACCCUCGAGCCAAUCCCAGUGCCUUCCUAUGAGACUUUUGAUCUCCCAGAGAGCAUCUUUGCAGCCUAGGCUGGUUUCCAGCUAGCUCUGUAUCCAAGGAAGACCUUGAACUCCAGAUCCUCCUGCCUCAGCCUCCUGCUGGCAUCACCACGCUCAGCCAGCCCCUGGAUCCUUUGGACUUGGCUUUGCCAUCUUUUUUUGUUUGUUUUUUGAGACAGGGUUUCUCUGUGUAACCCUGGCUAUCCUGGAACUGUGUAAACUAGGCUGGCCUCAAACUCAAAUCUGCCUGCCUCUGCCUCCCAAGUGCUGGGAUUAAAGGCGUGCACCACCACUGCCUGGCCUUGCCAUUUUUUAAAACACCCCUAAUUCUUUAAAAAACUAGGGGUAGAACCUGAUUUUGUUUUAGAGAAAAAAAAAGGUCCCUUACCUCACCCCCAAGAACUGAUCAAGUAGUAGCUAGACUUAUGUCUGUGUAUUUUGAUGGGAACAAGAUUGUGGAGGGGGGAGGACUCCAUGCCUCUGCCUGGGAGGGUAACUGCACCCGCACUCCCCCAAGACCCUUGGCUUCAAGGACAAAGUCAGAACACCAAGGGAAAACCAGGGCCUCACAAGUGCUGGGCAAGUAUUUCUCCCAAUCAGCUGUCACCCAGCCCCACCUACAGUCAAAGCAGGACCAGUGAACUUAGAAGCUAAAGCAAUUUUGACCGAAUAUUCCAAGAAAGCAUUUGUUUCUCUCUGAUCUUGCCAACCGAAGAGCUGGACUGCCUGCCUAAAUCCUUGUUUUUGUGUGUUUUUUUCUCAAGCCUCCCAGUGUUAAAGCCAAUCAGGAAAAAACAUUAAAGAAAAAUAAAGACCA